AUGGAGGCGAUCCACAGCCGGCAGGCUUGCGUGCAGGCGAGCGGCUCGGCCCAGCGCGGCGGCCGCCGUCCCGCACCGGCGCGGCGUUCGGCACAGCACAAGGCCCGGGCUAGCUGCAGGCGGCGAGGGGCGGGGUGCCUGCAGCGGGCGGCGGCCCAGGAGAACGUGAGCACGGCGCCGUCGGACACGAUCGACUGGGACUCGCUCGGGUUCUCCAUCACCAACGUCGCGCCCUUCAUGUUCAAGGCGACGUGCCGCGUCCACGACCCCGAGGCCUGGGUCGGCGGCAUCGAGCCGUACGGCCCCCUCGAGAUGAUGCCGAGCGCGCAAGUCCUCAAUUAUGGCCAGGCUAUCUUCGAGGGCAUGAAGGCCCAGAGGAGCCAGAAGGGCAACAUCGUGCUGUUCCGACCAGAGAAGAACGCCGCGCGCAUGGCGGGCGGCGCGGGGCGCAUGUCGAUGCAGCCCAUCCCCGAGGACGUCUUCGUCUCCGCGGUCGAGUCCGUCGUCAAGGCGAACGCGGCGUUCGUGCCUCCUGCGGGGAAGGGCGCACUCUACCUGCGGCCGCUGCUCCUGGGCUCCGCGCCGAUCCUGGGCCUGGGCCCGUCCGAGGAGUUCACGUUCGUGGUGUUCGCGGCGCCGGUCGGGUCGUACUUCAAGGGCGGGCAGCUCGCGCCGAUCGACCUGGUGGUGGAGAGCCGGUUCCACCGCAGCGCCCCCAAGGGGAUGGGGGGCACGAAGGCGGCGGGGAACUACUCGCCCGUGCUGGUGACGCAGCUGGCGGCGAAGAAGCAGGGGUACGCGGACGUGAUCUACCUGGACGCGCGGCACGAGAAGUACCUGGAGGAGGUCUCUUCGUGCAACAUCUUCGUGGUCAAGGGCAACACCAUCAAAACGCCCCCGACGUCGGGAUCGAUCCUGCCCGGCGUCACGCGGGCGUCGAUCUGCGAGCUCGCGAAGUCGCUCGGCUUCGAGGUAUUGGAGGAGGCCGUGUCGAUCGACGAGGCCCUGGACGCGGACGAGAUCUUCACGACGGGCACGGCCGUGGUGGUGAGCUCCGUGGGGAGUAUCACGCACGAGGGGAACAAGGUGGAGUAUUGCGACGGCAAGGUCGGCCCCGUCACGAUGCAGAUGUACGACCGGCUGACGGGGAUCCAGAGCGAGCGGUACGAAGACGAGUUCGGCUGGGUCCGGUGCGUGAUCGAGAACGCGUGA